CUCACAUAGAAACAAGUUACGUAUCUAUCAUUUCACAAACCGGAAAUCGCUUCUCCAAACGGACGCUCCACGCCCCGCGACCUCCGCAUCCCGAAAACCCCACCAUCUUCAACCUCCGGACAACUUGACCCAAAUAGGAAAAACCAUGCUAUCGCCAUCUUAUCAUUCCCCGCAAACACGCCGGUAACAUUGCUCCAAAGAGGGAAUGAAUGUUGGUGAUGGUUAACCUCGCCGCUUAUGUGUGACAUUGGUAUUUCUUUGAAGGGAAUGAGGCUUGAGAGAUGGGUAUAUGAAAGGGUCAUUUCCUCGAACUGUUCAUAUCUAGCAUCAAACUCUCCACUUCUGGAUCAAACAAUCCAAUAUCUUCACCUAAACAAACCCUUAAAAGUCAAACCCCAAAGACUAUCAAAAUGGCCUCCUUCAAGCACUUCGCCCAAGCCCAAUCCAAAUUCGAGAUCCCCCCUCUCUCAGGCGGAAACACCUUCAUCGGCGACAUCCACUCCACGCCCGAAGGCGCCGAGAAGCCCUUGGCCAUGGGUCUUUUCCGCGUCAACAAGGGCGAGCCUCUUACAUACACAUACAAAUACGACGAGUGCAAGAUCAUCCUCGAGGGAAACUUUGUCAUUGAGGACUCGACGGGUCAAAAGGUUGAGGCCAAGGCUGGGGAUGUGUUUUAUAUCCCCAAUGGCGCUACGCUUACUUUCUCUUCGCCGGAUACAGGGUUGGCGUUUUAUACUGGUGCGAGAAAGAUGAAUGAUCUAUAGAUGGGAUGGGCUGGAUGGAUAGCGGGAUCUGAUA